GGAAGUACGCGUGAAGCCGGCGGAGCGGUCGGCCGGCUGUGUACAGAGUGUGGUGGUGCUGUUGUGUUUUAGUGGCUGAUGAUUAAGUGACUUGGAAUCAUGGUGCUAACUACCGGAGCGAGUAGAGCUCAGCCCCCGGGGCCAGUGUCGGCGGGUUGGUUCGCGUCACUCCGGAGGAAUCGUAAACAGCACAGGACCGCUUCGGUCUCAUCGUCGUCUUCUGCUACCUCAGCGCAUGGGAGGCUGCUUGCUCGGUCAGCGUGGGACCUAUCAGCAUCGUGCUUGCAACUGAAGGAUGCCUUGGGUGAGGUUGUUGCAGAGAUGGAAAACAUGGAUACUGCUGAUGAGAGUAAAAACAACACUAAAGCAAAGCAGAUGUCCAUUGGCCGCAAAAAGUUUAAUAUGGACCCUAAAAAGGGCAUUGAGUACCUGAUUGAACAUGGCUUGCUUCGAAGCACACCAGAAGAUGUUGCCCAAUUUUUGUACAAAGGUGAAGGUUUAAAUAAGACAGCAAUUGGAGAUUACUUAGGUGAACGUGCAGAUUUCAAUGAACAAGUGCUGAGGGCCUUCGUGGAACUACAUGACUUCACUGACUUAAUACUGGUCCAGGCGCUCAGGCAAUUCUUGUGGAGCUUCAGGUUGCCAGGAGAAGCUCAGAAAAUAGAUCGGAUGAUGGAAUGUUUUGCACAGCGAUAUUGUCAACUGAAUCCUAACAUUUUCACAAAUACAGAUACGUGCUAUGUAUUGUCAUUUGCCAUUAUUAUGCUCAAUACUAGUUUACAUAAUCCAAGUGUGAAGGAAAAACCUACAGUUGAACAGUUCAUUUCCAUGAAUAGAGGUAUAAACAAUGGUGGUGAUCUGCCUCAGGAAUUGCUCAUGAGCCUUUAUGAGAGUAUAAAGACUGAACCAUUCAAAAUCCCAGAGGAUGAUGGGAAUGACUUGAUGCAUACCUUUUUCAAUCCAGAUAAAGAGGGUUGGCUGUGGAAGCAAGGUGGCCGAUACAAAAGCUGGAAGCGACGUUGGUUCAUACUAAAUGACAACUGUCUGUACUAUUUUGAGUACACAACUGACAAAGAACCUCGUGGUAUUAUUCCUCUUGAAAAUAUUCAAGUUCGUGAAGUGACAGAUCGCCAUAAGCAUCAUUGUUUUGAACUGUAUGCUAGUGGUUCUGAUUUCAUCAAGGCAUGUAAGACAGACAGUGAAGGAAAAGUUGUUGAAGGCAAACACACUGUAUAUAGAAUGUCAGCUGCCACACCCGAGGAGAAGGACGAGUGGAUCAAAUGUGUAAGGAAAAGCAUCAGCCACAAUACAUGAAGUGGCGGCCAGCAGUGAGUCACGAGUGUUUGUUUCUGCUAUAGGCAAAGCAUCAGCCAUAAUCCGUUCUACGAUAUGUUGGCAGCUCGCAAGAAGAAAGCGCAGAAGACAAGUGCUCACCACCACUUGAAGAGCUAAGACAUUUAUAGUGUAACAUAUAUUACGGUAUUACUCUAGAGCUGUCACAGCUCCAAGUGUGUUACAGCACUGCACCAUACUGGUGCAAGCUGUACAUUAUGUAUAGGGCUUGUACUGGAGGUGCAGUUUGAAACACAGCAUACAACCAAAGAAAUGUGAUUUAAAGUGCACUUGACUGUGGUAUCUUCUGAGCAGCUCUAUCCUAAUUUCUUUUGCUUUUUCUCUCCUUAAUAAUCCAUCUAGGAUUUUCACCCAAGGAAAUGGCAGCCUUGAACUAAUGUUCAAGAAGAGUGGUAAUGUUAAAUACUGAAUGUACUGUUUAAAUAUGUUUUCCCAAAAAAUGGUCAUAGCAUGACUGAAUGAUAAAUUGUAUUUUUUAUAUAGUUGUUAAAGCUUCAACUGUUCAAACAUUGCAGCAGCUUAAGAUAGAAAACUGGAAGGGUGAGAGAAAUAAACAAUGCAGUGAAUGUGCUAUACCAGUCAUUGUUUGUAAUAUUUGAAAAUUUGUUAUGAUUUGAGAGCUCUGAAAUGCUGGACAAUAUUACAAAACCAUUUUAUGGCACUGGAAGUACUAAUGGUCAAAGUGGCUGGUGCUAAGAAUCUCAGCAGAAGGAAGACUCGUGCAUUCGACAUACUCAAAUAAGUUUGUAUUUUGUCCUGUGCUGCAUGAAAGUGUGAUAUGUGUCUAUGUAUUAUGUGCUUUCCAUAUCUUGAAUGGUUCCAACUGAAAUUUCUCUCAGUAAACCAAAGAAACUGUCAUCUGACCAAUAUUUGAGACAGUGAAAGCUGGAAGUAUUUUAUAGAAUGGGAGAACUUCAGUUAUUUUUGCAUCAGUCUCUCUUCGUAAAUGUGAUUUUUUUAUAAAAGUGUUUGUAAAUGGUAUUGCUACUUCAUUUUGUGUUACUAUAGACAGUUUCAAAUGGUAUGUAAUUUAUAAUGUUCACUCAUCUCAUUGUAAUUCACAAUUUUUAUAAAAAAAAGUUAGAUUUUUAUACUAGAAGUGUGCUGGGAUGUUGUAACCAGGAUGGAGUAAUGUGUAUGGAAAUAACGAAGUAUUAAUAUUGCAGUGUGUGUGACUUUAUUUUUGUACAUUAUGUUUAUUUCUUUGAUAUAUUUAUGAUACAGUUGCUUUUGUCAGUUCCCUCAUGUUGACCAGAAUUAUUUUUAUUUGUAAUAUAUUGUGUAUAUGUAUUUAAGGAUUUGUACAAGUAGUUAAUACAGUCAUGUUCAUUAUUUAUCUGUUAAAAUAAAGUUUGACCUGAUUUGACUGGAAAUUAUGUAAAUACUUUUUCACAGCCACUGUGAAAUUCUGUUGUCUCCAG